AUGAGAGACCCUAUUCCAUUGAGGAACUAAAGACACAGCUGAGGGAUAAGCUGUCAUUGCAGUAUGACUUCACAUUACAAUACGAAGAUCCAGACUUCAGUAAUGCGCUCUGCAAAUUGACUCAAAUAGCAGAUUUGCCUGAAAGAGCUACUCUGAAAUUAAUCCCACUUGUGACUCUUGAGUUGACAUCCCAGUCUUCACCCACCGAGGAGUCAGACUGCAGCACAGUGGAUACUGAGAUCUUGUCACCUGCUGGGUGAACAUCCUCACUAAGAAAACAGUGGCCCGAGUUCUUCGACAUACCUAAUUUCUCAGUGGAUGUGGCAUACAGACUGAGACAGGCAGAUCUUUUGUUCAUGAGAGAUCGUGUCCCAUUCACUCAAUCACGAGACAUGAAACAUGACAUACUUGAGAAGCUUGCUGAAACAAUGUACAGUUUCAAGGCCUACCCUGAUGAUGACUUCAGCAGUGUUGCAAAAUCACUGGUUAGCAAGCACCUCAGCCUCACUGAACCUGGUCCUAAGCCAGGAUGGUAUGGCUGGAAGAACAGCCUAAAAUUCAAGAUGGCCAACUAUCGUACAAAACUGCGUAAAGCAGGAUAUGAUGAUGUAAUGAUCAAUGGGGGUAAACAAAGUAAACGCAACCCAGAGGGACAAUCAUCCAGCAAGAAUAUCAAGCGGCCAAAAAGAGGUGAAGCCAAUUAUUUGCCUAACUUACCUAAUAGACAUGAUGAAAACAGCCUUGAAAAAGCCAGGAAGAUCAUCAAAGAGGAAAUGAAGAAAAGAUACCCCGAUGCCACUCUUGUCUCAAAAAUGAUGGACGAAACAUUCUCACUGCGCAGAAGGGAGAUAGUGGUACAAGAACCAGCUGUGCAGAGCAUGAUGGAACGAUGGCCAGCACUUUUCAUGGAGAGACAGGUCUUUGCUGAGUUUAAUCGCAUCGCCAGCAAGAAUCUUGAAGGGGACUUUUAUGAAGCUCUUGACAAGCACGCGCCACGCUUCAUCAAUCUUUUCAAAUACAAAAAAGGAACUGGGACAAAAACAGAUAGACUUGAUGCAGCACGUCAUCUGGGUGUGUAAGGAGCACAUGCAGCCAGUGAAAAAGGCCCUGAAGUGUCUGGAGCAGCCUCCACACAAGGGCAGGUGUCUGCUGAGGAUCGGAGACUGGAUCACCGAGUGUCUUUGAUCCUACAGCCACUUCAAAGACAUCAAAGCAUGACGGAGAAACAUCUGGAUUUUUGUGUCUGAAUUCACCCCAUUUGGACCAUCAAGAUGAAAUAGAAAAGUGAAUCUCGUAAAGAAAAGGAAUGUCGACACCAAACGGCCACGCAGUGAUGAAUCCUGAAUGACCACCAGCACAGAGAAGGAGCACUACAGGACUGUGCACAGACCAGAGGACCAUGACAGACCCACACCCCCCCCAAACAGACCCUUACCCCCCC